AAUUUUCGCUGAUGGGAUCCGAGGGCGCGCUCCAAUUCAAGCUCAGCAGUGGCGCUCUCAUGCCCGGCCUCGGCCUUGGAACUUGGCAGGCGGAGAAAGGCCUCGUUGGAGAGGCUGUCAAGGCUGCGCUCCAGGCUGGAUACCGUCACUUGGACUGCGCAAGCGCUUAUGGCAACCAAAAGGAGAUCGGAGAUGCACUCCAGGAGGCCUUCAAAUCCGGUGAUCUAAAACGGGAAGAUCUCUGGAUCACCUCCAAACUUUGGUGCACGGAUCAUGAUCCCGAGGAGGUGUCAAAGGCUUUGGAGGCAACGCUCGCGGAUCUCCAGAUUGAUUACCUCGACCUUUACCUGAUUCACUGGCCAGUUCAUUUGAAGAAACAUGUCCGAGGUUUCAACUUUAGUGCCGCGGAUUUUGCUCCUCUCGACAUUCCAGCAACUUGGGCCGCCAUGGAGAAGCUCGUCGAUGCCAAGAAAACCAGAGCCAUCGGCGUGAGCAACUUUAGCUGCAAGAAACUGGGCGAUUUGCUCGCUGUUGCUAGGAUCCCCCCGGCCGUGAACCAAGUCGAGUGUAGCCCCGUUUGGCAGCAAGCCAAGCUUCGCGACUUUUGCAUCUCCAGCGGCGUCCAUCUCUCGGCUUACUCUCCACUGGGAUCAUCCGGCAAGAGCGUGCUCCAGAGCCCCGUUGUGAAAGAUCUCGCGGAGAAACUCGGGAAAACUCCCGCUCAAGUCGCUCUGCGCUGGGGGCUGCAGCGAGGCUGCUCGGUUCUUCCCAAGAGCACAAACGCGGAGCGCCUCAGAUCGAAUCUGCAAGUGUUUGAUUUCUCCAUUCCAGAGGAAGAUCUCGCAAAGUUCUCGAGCAUCCCCCAGGAGAGAGUACUAGUCGGACGCGUAUGGGUCGCUCCCGGCGGUCCAUACGAAAGCAUUGAAGCGUUAUGGGAUGGAGAGAUUUAAAACCUCCGUGUAGAGGGAAAAUUCAAUUUAAAACAAGGCGGGUUUAACAAACCCUACUUUAUUAGAAUUUAGGGUUCCUAGGCAUCGCGAGGGAAAUUUCUGGCGCUGGCAUUGGCGCUGGCGUGGAUCGAUUUCGGCCUGGAGGCUGGGUAAUCUUGUCACGCGUCCAUUUUCCAGGUUAGAGAUAGCGAAGAUUUCAUGCCUGGAGUGUUCGCAGCCGCUAGCCCGAGAUUUUGGAGCUUGCGGAGAUGAGCUGACACCGAGGGAAAGGGAUCCCGGACAAGACGGGGUCUUUGGAUGGGUCCCAAACGCAAUGAUGUCACAACGACCCUUCAUCUCGAGCGCGUGAGCGUUGUUUCUUAUUUCUUCGCGAUUCAUGGAGAGAACGAUGAAAUUGACCUCUCCUUUGGCUUCAAGUACCUUUGACCGGGACUUCUAAUGGGUGUACGUUUGGAAUUGAAAGAAAUGGUUUUGGGGGUUCCAAACUUUCUGUGAUUCCGUGUUUCUUCUACCACUGGGCAUCCUAAAAGCUAGCUGCUUUUCAAAACGGCAUUGUGAAGGCAAAGUCGUGCAUGCACUCUCGAGGAACAGCUCCGCGAAGCAACUUAAGAAACUGUCUGGCCCGGU